AAGAUGGCGGAGUCCGAGGAGGAGGUGGACGUCUUGGUCCAGAGAGUUGUUAAGGACAUCACUAAUGCCUUCAAGAGAAAUCCCAACAUCACCACCACUGGCUGGAUGAUAAGCACAGUGUUUUUUCAUGUCAAUGACAAAAUACUCACCAACGCUCUUCAGAGCAGGACUGACAAACGAGGUUGCACAUUUGUUGCCUCGGGUGUGGUGUUGCCAGGAUCCAUCACCGCCCUUGACUCUGCCUCCUGGCGCUGGGUGCUGCAGCAGAUCCUGCGUCAGUUCUCUGCUGUGGCCUGCAGCAGGAAGCAGCAGCAGGGUGAAGUUGAGCAGGCUGAUGGAGAGAGGAGCCAGCAGCUCAGUGACCAUCUGGCCAGGACACUCCACCAAGAGAUGAAGGUGUGUUCUGACGCUGCCUACCGUUAUCCCAGCAACUACAAUGCCUGGUCCCAUCGCAUCUGGGUGCUACAGCACAUGGCCAAGGGCAAUGUCAAGGUUUUCCAUGAUGAGUUGUCCUCUAUGCGUCUAUGGGUGUCCAUGCACGUGUCUGACCACAGUGGCUUCCACUACCGCCAGUUCCUGCUCCAGGAGCUGAUCACUGAGCUCUCCCAGACUCCAUCUUCCACCACCAUCACCUGUUCACCCCAGCACCAGUCCAGCACAGUCCCCAGCACCAGUCUCAACCAUCACAGCCACGCCCAAGCUAACAGGGAGCUGUCGGGAGCAGAGGCAGCAGGUGAGGAGGAGAGGCAGCUCAGCCUCACUACAGUCCUUCAGCUUCUCGGCCAGGAGAUGGAGCUGUGCUCAGACCUGAUCCAGUCCUUCCCUGGACACGAGACCCUCUGGAGUCACAGGCGGCAUGUCUUUUACUUGUGGCACCACUGGAGGAGGGAACACCAGCACCACUGCAGUAGUAAUGGAGGCAGCGAGUUGGUCUACCUUAACAACAGCGACCCAGGCCUGCCAGAGGUUGACACUCAAAGCUGUGCAGGCUGGGACGAGAGUGUGAAUGGACAGAGGCAUGCUAGUGAACCUAUGGAGGUAGACAGGGUGUCCUUGCCAGGCCUGCGUGACAGCAAGCGACUGAAGAGAGGUGUCCUGCUGCCUGCCCUCCCCACCCUGUCCGCUGAGCACAGCUUUGUAAGUGGUAUCCUGGACAGGUGCUCUAACUCCGAGCAGAGACACUUCGCCCUGGCAUAUAAGAGGUGGUUAGACACUGUCAUUGAUCAGCAGCCGUGAGAGAAAAAGAGAGAACAGAUAGCCCCAUCCCUUCUUAACAUUGAAGUUGCCUUUAGACAAAGAUUUAGGAUCAGCUUACCUACUGUAGUGCUGAAAGUAAUUAAUAGUGCUUCAAAUAAAGUGAUGACUUCAGAAACCAGUCACUGGGUAGCCCAGGUACUCUCCUAUCCUCUUGACAGUGAAUAGAGAGGAUGCGGAUGGGUUGUUCUUAAUCAAACCACAUCAUCUCAUUUUUUCUUGAGCUUAAUCUGAGCCAGUACUCCUUCAGAAUGGAAAUCUGCACACAUAAAGCCUAUUGGUUCAGCAUGCAUCUUUUAGUUGAUUAUGACUUAUUUCAGAUGUCUCAAUGCCUCGGGAUAAAUUUCAACUGCUUGGUUUAUUGCCAGCCUGCCAUUCAUCCACGUUACUUAAUUUCUGUUCGAAUAUUUCAGCAAAGAAACUCAAUGAAGCUGCGACAGGAGGAGGAACACUAAAAAUCACGCUUGCUGUACCUGAAUUUAUGGAAUGCCAAAAUAGCCAAUAUUGUAUAAAUGAGAAAUUAUAAAAUAUAUAGAAUGAUAUGUGCUGUAAUUUAAUAAGUAAUUAAAACUCAGUUGAUAAUUAUGAAGUUUUACUUCAUCAUAAUUAAAGACAAUUUUAUUGGAAUAAUGUAUGUAUUAAUAUAGCUAAUGUAGGGAAAAUUAAUUUCAAUAAAAUUCUUAAUAAAAAAAGUAAGCGAUGAAAUAUUUCACAUUAAUUAAGUUGUAAUAAUUUAAACUCAUUUAUUCCUAUGCUUAUUUUGUAAAGUCUGUUUUGAAUUAUGCUUAAUAUCUUUAUUUUAAGUUUUGCCCAUUUUGGAGUUAAAUAAACCUAUGGAAUAGAAUGGAAUGAUCGUAGUACUGAUUAAAUGUCUUCCUGUUGAAAUUGAAAGACUUUUUCCAGCUUAAUGUUCACUCCUCUUUAGAUGAAUGCAUUGAAAUUCAGUCAGCCCUCACUUGUUGCCAUUGUUUCUUUUAAGCACAGCCAGUCUCCUGUUUUUUUCCUUGAGGCUUCCCAGAUUUCCAUUCUAAAGGCAGUAACAUUUAUUAAUCAUUUCAUUUUGCCUUGGUCUUUUCUUCUGUUGAUCCUACGUUAUUGAUCCUGGCUCAUUUCUGCCCUCUAAUUUUACAGCUGAAUAGAGUCAGUAAGUCUUAAAUGUGUAGCUAAGUGCUAAGUUAUAGUAGCUUGCAACAGAAAGCCAAAAACCUAGUCGCUAGCUUAAAAAAUAAAAAGUUUUCAAUGUGAAAAGUUAAGCACUACACAAAUACAUAAGCAGAGAAAUGUUAGCUUUACCACUUUAGUGGUGCUGAUGGUUGACUUUGAAGGACAGAGUACUAGGGAAGGCAGUUCCCCCGACAUUAACUGGUGCUAUGUGCUGCCGUUUCUACAACUACUUCAUCUGUUAAAGGUGUGUAGUGUGAAAUAGUGGAAAACUGAACAGCACUUUGGACUAUUUGAUAAUAAUAGUCAUUGUUUUGUGGGGUAUCACUGCUAAAUUACAACAUAACUAUUUUUGAAAUCUUAUCCUGUUAUUUUGUACCAGGCUAGUUAACAGUAGGCCAAGCUGCUUUAUAUCACUUCAAUUUUUUAACAAGAUAGUUACAUCAAAAAAGGUCAAAUCUUCAUUGUCUUUUUGUUAAGGAAUUAUUUGCAGCACUCCUUUAACUGUUGUAACGUGCUGUUUCUGCACAGUUCAUCCCUUCAGUAAUGUUGAAGGUACAGAUGAUAGCUUCUCCCUCUACAUAGUGUCAUCUAUAUUGAGAAAGGAAGAAUGGUAUUCUUAAAUCUGUAUCUAACAAAUCUGAAGUCAUAGUUGCCUAGAAAGUAUAAUUGGAUGCAGUUUGAAUAGGAUCCAUCUUUUUGUUUUUGUUUUGGGUUGUUACUAGUUGUUUAGCUCUGUCAAUGACAAUAUCAGCACACAAGUGAACAAAUACAUGACAUUGUUUCAUCAGUGUAGCCAUGGACAUAUUAUAUUAUAUAUUAUAUUGUACACACGCUACGUGCUCACAUGCAUCCCAGUGGCAUCCUGUUGGGCCCUUCAAGCAAAUUGGGUGCCAUUACAUCUUUGUAUAGAGGUUUUGUUUGAUUGGCCACAUUAGCUUGUUUUUUGUCCAACUUGACAAAAUGGCAAGUUGGAGAAAAAGAAAUGCUGCAUUUGGUCUCAGUGGCCUCAGUGUGCACAGCAUGGUGAGCCAAAAUAACCUAGCUCUCCAUUACAUGGUCACUAUGUGUUUCCAUGAUACCCUUGCCAUGUUGUAGUUAACUUCUCUAAAACGCAAGCCAGGAAGUUAUCACCUCAAAUCACUGUGUACGUGAUUAUAGAUAAUCUUGAAGUUAGUAUAUUUGAGCCAAGAAUUCUUUAGUUUUGUUCAUCAAGAAUGUGUGCAUAUCAUAACUGUAUGGUGGGGGUAUUUUAACAUCCGUGCAAAACCUAGAACACAAACUUUGAAUACAAGUCUAUCUAUGCAGAAAUGUUUUUUUGUUUUUUUUAACGGUUCAACAAGCUUUUAAAAAUGACAAUGUAGCUUCUGUUUUUUUCAAAUUUAUUCUUCAUUCGACUUCAGGGGAGGGUAUGUCCUUAAUGAAUAAGCCCUACCAUCUCAUUAACUCUCUAUUUAUUUACUUUCAGUGUUUUGUCAUCUACUUACCAAGAAAAUAAAACUCAUCUGGAAUAAAGGUUUUUUUUUUUUUUUAACCUGCUGUUUAUUUUGAGUCUACGUCUUCUGUGUCUGUGGCUGCCUGGGUCACUUGAUGAACUACUGUACUGAUGCCCCCUGGGCAAAUUCUAUAUUUUUGAUUUUUGAAGUGAAAAGUAAAUCUAAACCCUGCAGCAAUCCAACAUUAAAAUGAGCCUUUCUUCAAGUAUUAA